AUGUGCGGAUGUGCCAAAAAAAAAAAAAAACCGCGGGGGUCCCUGGCCCUUGCCCGGAUGGCAGCAGUAGUUCUAGGGGGAGACAACAUGGGCCCAGAGCGAAUCUUCCCUAAUCAGUCUGAGGAACUAGGGCCACACCAGGGCCCCACAGAAGGCACCGGGGAUUGGAGCAGCGAGGAGCCUGAGGAAGAGCAGGAGGAAACCGGGGCAGGCCCAGCUGGCUACUCCUACCAGCCCCUGAACCAAGAUCCUGAACCAGAGGAGGUGGAGCUGGCACCAGUGGGGGAUGGAGAUGAUGUAGUGGCUGAUAUCCAGGACCGGAUCCAGGCCCUGGGGCUUCAUUUGCCAGACCCACCGUUAGAGAGCGAGGAUGAAGAUGAGGAGGGAGCCUCGGCAUUGAGCAACCACAGCUCUAUUCCCAUGGACCCAGAACAUGUAGAGCUGGUGAAAAGGACAAUGGCUGGAGUAAGCUUGCCUGCACCAGGGGUUCCUGCCUGGGCUCGGGAGAUAUCAGAUGCCCAAUGGGAAGACGUGGUACAGAAGGCUCUCCAGGCCCGGCAGGCAUCCCCUGCCUGGAAGUGA